AACUAUCUCAACCUGACUGUAGGUAUAGGAGUUAUUCGAUCGAUAUGGGCGCCGGCAGCAUACGCUAGUUGCCACUCAAUCAAGUGUACGCACCUUUCUAAAAAAAAAAAAAAAAAAAAAAAAAAAAAAGGAUACCGUUACGAAGGCACCAAUAUGGAUCAAUCGCUCAGUAAGCUAAGGUUCUCCGCUUUCUCAGCUCCCUUACUCAUCAACAUGUACCUCGAAGGUAUUUCAAGAGUAUUUCCGCACAAAGCUUUCUGUACCCUUAUUUCUAAACAUUCAGAAAUUAUACUAUAUCCUUUCAUAUAAAGUUACAAUGCCGGUUGAUUUCCAUCUCAGCCCGAAAGAGGCGGGCGUCCGCGAUGCCGCCGUAAGCUUUGCGCAUAACGUUCUCAAGCCCAUGCGGGCGGAGUACAUAUCACUUCAGAGUCCCCAGGAGCAGUUCCAGGUUACUCGUAAAGCGUACGCCGCCGCGAGUGCCGGAGGGAUGAUAAAGGGCCAAAUCCCACCUGCUCUCGGAGGCACCGGCGGCUCUCUUAUCGAGACCGCGAUUCUGGUGGAAGAGUUCUACUCGGUAGAGCCCGCCGCGUCUCUAACCAUAUUCGGGACGGCGCUUGGUCUGAUGCCUCUAAAUCUUACGCAGAAGCCCGAGCAUCGCGAAUUCCUCGCCCCUUUCCUUAGCUCCGAGGGGACUCCCCUGGCGUCGUUAGUCUUCAGCGAGCCUGGCGGCGUGGCUAAUUACUUGGAAAAGGGUGCGCCGGGCCUCAACACGACGGCUCGUCGCGAAGGCGACGAGUGGGUUAUCAACGGAGAGAAGAAGUGGGCUACCAAUAGCGUAGGUUGGGAUAAUCGAGGCGCUGACUUGGCUUGUGUCGUCUGCCGAGACGUGACGGAACCGGCUGAAAACCCCGAUGCUGAUCCUAAGGACCGCAUUAUGUUGAUCAUAGUCACGCGGGCUGAUCUUGAGCGAAAUGGCGAUGAGAGCUUCCAAGUGGUGCGCGAAGUGACGCUUCUUGGUCACACGGCGUCAGGUCCAGGCCAUCACAUCAAGUACACGAACGUACGGGUCCCCGCAAAGAACAUGCUCUGCCCGCCCGGCGAGGCUGCUGCGGUGGUCUCAGGAGCCUUCGAUCUGACUGCUGUUCUCGUCGGAGCGAUGAGUGUGGGGAUAAUGCGCGCGGCCUUCGACGCGGCUCUAGCUUUCGCAAAAGGCGACGAUCGGCGUGGGAAGGUGCCGCUGCUCGAGCGCCAAGCGGUCGCCGACCUGCUGUCCAGCAUCAAAAUGCAGACCGAGGCGUGCCGAGCGCUGACUUGGAAGGCGGCGCAUGCUAUGGAGAACGGGCCAGGAGACUACGAUGCUCGUAGGGAAUUGGCUCUGGCUGCUAAGGUGUACUGCAGCGAUGCUGCUGUCAAGGUCGUAACGGAGGCUAUCAAUGCGGUGGGAGUGACUGCCUACGAUGUCGAGCAACCUUUUGCCGAGUUGUUGAAAAAUGCGAUUGGGCUGCCAAUAUUUGACGGUGGUAACGUCGGAAUUAGAAGGCGGCACAUGCAAGAGCUCAUGUUAUCUCCGAAUUACGACCCGUGGGCGGCAACGUAUGGGCCUUCGGGGGCAAUGAAAUAAAACGCCUAGUGGUCCUAAAUCACCUUGCUGUAUGCUGACUCGUGGCUAUUUUCAAUACUGCGGCUUCUUUCCGCAUUGUCCCUUU